UCUGUCUGCGCAUUUGCAUCACAGGGCAACGCUCAGCGACGACCACUGAGAGUGUGUACAAAGCGGACUUUUUGACAGAGCGAUCACAAUGCCGUCGACUCUUACUGUUGCAGUGAACACAGCAUUCCUACGGAGCGUAGGAGGGAUGCUUACAUUUGCUGAAAUGGCCUGCGGCGUCGUGGCUUUCGCCAUGGCAGAAGGUUACGGGGGAUUUAACAUGAGAGAGUUUGUUGCGCUCAUCUCGUUUACAUAUUGGCUCAUAUCCUUCUACAUUCUUCUUUCGGGAUUGCUUUCCCUCACGGGUACAGUACUGCCGACAACGUUCUUUUUCUUGCUGUUCCAUGCCCUAGGAUUUCCCUUGUAUCUGGCUGGCGGUAUCGGUGCGCUAACCACAAUAUCGUGGCAUAGCGACUACUACACCUAUGGGUACUACGGAUAUGGUCGUGCGCAAAUGAUAACUGCAGGGGUUUUCGGCCUUGUAGCUUCUGUCUGCCACCUGGUGCACACUAUAUUCGUGUACAAGGGACGCUGAAGAGAUGCAACCUGGGGCCUACCAGUGGGGCCAGCCACGUAUAUGCCCGAGAAACAUUCAACUACAUUGUUACAAUGUUUUUCUUUUGUUUUUUAAGAGCGAAAAUAAAAGCAAAUGAACGUUGC